CAAACAUUUUUGGGACACAACCUCUCAAAGCUCAAAACCCUGCUCGUUCCGCCAUUGCUGAAACUGAAGCAACCGGAGGACAGAGGGACAGAGAGAGAUGUGUGGGAUUGCCUUGAUAGUCUCCGGCGUUCGUCUCGGUUGCGCAUGUCCCGGACCCAACGCUCAGCAUCUGGUUUUCUCAGUUGAUGAACUUAAAUCCGCUUUGCGGAGAAGGGGCCCCGAUAGCUUGGGGGCUAAGAAGCUCUUCUUCAACAUUUCGGGCUCCGCGGAUGAGCAAGUGAUCGAUUCUUGGAUUGAAAGUGAAGGCGAUGGAGACACCAGAAAGCCCUGUUGCUGGAAUUUCGUUGGGGAAAUGCACUUCAUUGGCGCCACUUUACAGCUUAGGGGAGUCAGCCCCACUCUUCAGCCUUUCGUGGACGAAUUCAGGAAUAUUCUUGCUUAUAAUGGAGAAAUAUUCGGUGGAAUUCCAGUGGAAAGGGACAGCAACGAUGCUGAAAUUCUUUUGCAAUAUCUAGGAGGCUGCUGUUCCUGUAAUUCUCAUGAACUCAGUGGCUUCUGUACGAUCUCCCAGAAGGAGCAGUCCUCUGUUCCUGAGGUUCUCUCACGAAUUAAGGGACCAUGGGCUAUCAUCUAUUGGCAGGAGAGUUCAAAAACCCUGUGGUUUGGCCGGGAUGCAUUUGGCAGGAGGAGCCUGCUCGUUCAUUGGUCGACUGUGCAGGACUCCCGGUUUUUGCUGUCCUCUGUAUCACCAACAUCAUCGGUUGAGCAGAUACCUGAUAUUGAAUUGGAAAAUGGACUUAGCCAGCUAAAGUUUUGGGAAGAGCUUCCUUGUGGGAUCUACAGUGUGAAAAUUGAUGCCUCAUUUUUGGAUGGUAAACUUGUUGGUGAGAUAAAGAAACAUGGAUGGAGUAACUACAUGUUGAAAGAACUGAUUGAGUGGGAUAGACUUUUUGUUGAACCCAAAGGGUCUUCUAAAGCUUCUGUCUCGGGGCGUGCAGAAUUAGUUCUGACUGCAUUAAAGGAAUCUGUGAUGCGGCGCACUUCACUACAUACAUUUUUUCAGGGAGUUACGUAUGGUGGAAGAAAAGAGCAACUUGUUCCUGUUGCUGUUCUCUUUUCUGGUGGAUUAGAUUCAAUGAUACUUGCAGCAUUAUUGGAGCAGUGCCUCGAUCCUCAAUAUGAGGUUGAUUUGCUCAACGUCAGCUUUGAUGGUCCCUCUGCCCCUGACCGAAUAUCUGCCAAAAUGGGAAUAGAAGAACUUAGAAGAAUUGCUCCUUCAAGAAGAUGGAGACUGGUGGAGAUUGAUGCUGAUUUGUCAAGUGUGACCAUGGAAAUGAAGCACGUUAUGUCACUCAUUUAUCCUGCAAAUACUUACAUGGACCUAAAUAUAGGAACAGCUUUAUGGCUUGCUGCAAAUGGUAAUGGUUGGGUGUAUGAAGACAGUCGAGACGAGAAUGAGGAAUCUCUUCAACGGCACAAGUACAAGUCCCCUGCAAGGAUUGUUCUUGUAGGAUCUGGGGCUGAUGAACAGUGUGCUGGUUAUGGUCGGCAUAAAACAAAAUUUAGAAAUGGAGGUUGGGUCGGGCUUCAUGAGGAAAUGAGACUGGAUAUGCUGAGAAUAUGGAAAAGGAAUCUCGGGAGGGAUGACAGAUGCAUCUCUGAUAAUGGAAGAGAGGCGAGGUUCCCUUUUCUGGAUGAAGAUGUUAUAAAGAUUUUGCUUGAUAUUCCUUUGUGGGAAAUUGCAGACCUUGAACAACCAAGUGGCAGAGGUGACAAGAAGAUCCUGCGGGAGGUUGCGAAGUUGCUAGGCUUAUCUGAAGCAUCAAUCCUGCCAAAGAGAGCAAUCCAGUUUGGCUCAAGAAUUGCACGGGAAUCAAAUCGGAAAAACUUUGGAAGUAACCGUGCCGCAAACCAGGCCUCUGCUGGGAGCAUACCAUUUCGCACACAAUAGCAGUCUGAUGGUCUGGCUUUGCCUACGAUUUUUGGAGCUAUUUCCCGUCCUGCAAUCCUCAGUUGUCAGCAGAUCAUGUUCACGAGUCAUGCUCGCUGCAGGAAAGAUUGGUUUAUGGCAAUUUAGGACCCAAGAGGAACAAAUGAGGCUACUGCAGCUUUUACCUGCGAGCCUUUCGUGCUUUGCCAGUCAAUUUAGCACUUGUGUGUUAUUACCCAGUUGUAGGAGUUUGUUUGCCUGAACUUCUUGCUCGACAACUUCAUCUAUGCUGGAAUUACUCGAUAGUUUUCGGAACUUGAGUGGCCUUAACCGCUUCUAUGUCCAAAUUCCUGAACCAGUGAUUCUUUUGCCUCA